GUUUGAGUGCAUUUGAGUGCGUUAUCUUACGGCUAGGCUAGCAUCAAACGUUUUUGCUAAACGAAAGUAUUUUAUACGAAGUUUAGUGCUAACGUUAGUUUAACAAGGUAGAGCUUCAUUUCUAGGAAAAGAAUUAGAUGCUUCACAGUUCACCGUCAAAGUGUCCUAUCGUAUGUGAAUCGUGAUUUGUGUAUAACGCUGAAAACUUCUUUCUCAUUGACCGGAGAUCACAUAUAGUCGGUCUUGUCACACGACUCAUUCGAAAGGAAAAACAGCGGCGUAGAAAAUAAUAAAGAGAGUGAUAUUACGCGUGCACCAAUCCAGCGCCAAAUCUCCUAUCCGAUAUGCGAGAAGAAGCUCGUCGCCUGUGAAAAAUAAACGAUUCUAAGUUAUUGUUAAGCACAGAGGAACGUAACGGUUAUGUUCAGUGAUCAGUAACCAAUCGGCGUAAUAUUUUUAUUAUUAACUGUAACUGCGACAACAGGCCACAUUUUUUACUACGCUUAAACAUAGAUGCCAUGGGUUUCGAAGAGAUCUAUCUUCUUAUUAAAGAUUUUGUAAAAAGAAUUUGGUAUGAUACAUCAACCAUGUUCUUUUUCUAUUCAAGAUGAAAGAAGUGACUCGGAAGAGGAGCAUGAUAAAUCCAGAAGCAGUACUCCAGAUUCACAAAAAUCGGGUAGCAAUGUAGCAAGAAACAGAUCCAAAUCACACUCGGCUAGUCCAAAGUCUUCACCUGCUAGAUCAAAUCAAUCAUCUCCGGUGCGAAAUGGAUCACCAGCUUCUGUUCGUUCCAACGCAAGUUCUAGAAGGUCGUAUUCUAGAUCACCAUCGAGAUCACCCUCACCGAACGGGUCUGCUUCACCGCGUGAUGGCGGAAGGAGCAGAUCUAGAUCACGCUCGAAAUCCCGUUCUCCAGAGCAUACAGAGACAAGUGCAAAAGAUGGCUCACAGUCACCGGCGCAUUCGCAUCGCUCCAAAUCAGGCUCUAGAUCUCGAAGUUCCUCACGCUCCUCGUCCAGAAGUUCUCGCGCAGCAUCGAGAAAUAAUUCACGUUCCCGAUCACGAUCAAAUUCCUCAAAGCCAAGCAACACUCCAACUAAAUGUGACUCGCCGAAGGCAAACGUUCAACCGUCUUCUAGAUCUCCAUCGCCUCGGGCAACUUCCAAAUCGCGAUCCCGUUCGAGAUCUCUCUCGCGAUCCCGUUCUGGCUCUCCAAAAACAUCGAUUCAUUCACGCUCCCGAUCGGGAACUCCGAAGUCUUUCCACUCGAGAUCCAGAUCAAGAUCGGGAUCAGCUAAUCCAAAAGAAGUCAAAGCUGCUUCAAGAUCGAGAUCAAGAUCCCUGUCUGUAUCCAAAAAAGGUUCUCGUUCGCCAUCAGCAUCGCCGAAUCAAUCUCCAGCGCCGGUCAGACAAUCAAGAUCCAGAUCAAAAUCACGCUCUGUAAAUAGCUCUAGAAAAGGCUCUCCGGAUUUCGAGAAAAGCCCCCAUUUUAGAUCUCGUUCCAAUUCGGCGGAUAGAAAAUCUAAGUCAAGAUCUAGGUCAAGGUCUGGAUCUAGGAAACACUCGAGAUCGCCUUCGCAAGAACGAGCCUUAUCACGUUCAAAAUCAAAAUCAAAAUCUAGAUCCUUAUCGGGUUCGAGAAAAGGCUCGCGUUCGAGAUCGCGAUCAAGAUCGCAAAAAUCUGGAUCUAGAGGAAAAUUGAGGUCCCCAUCGGGUUCACGUAAAGGCUCCGUAUCUCCUGCGCGUUCAAGAAAGAAUUCUCGUUCAAGAUCGAGAUCUAGCUCGCGAUCCAGUAGAUCUAAAUCGAGAUCCCGUUCCAUUUCAAGAGCUUCGCGAUCAAGAUCUCGUUCUGGCUCCAGAAAAUCAAUAUCGAGAUCGAGAUCGCGAUCUCGUUCAAGAUCGAAAUCUGGCUCGAGAUCACGUUCAGGCUCACGUUCAAGAUCGAGAUCGAGGUCGAAGUCAAGAUCAAGGUCAAAAUCAAGAUCGAAAUCACGCUCACGAUCAAGAUCGCGUUCUAGAUCAAGAUCCGGAUCAAGCGUUAGAUCUAGGCAUUCAUCGCGUUCUAAGUCCCGGUCUAGAUCUAGAUCGGUAUCCGGAUCUAGAAAGUCCAGAAGUCCCAGCAGAGAUUCGGAUGGAGUAGUUAGAAAACGAAAUAGAGUAUUGUCGGACUCUGAAGAGGAAACUGAAGGUAAAGCAAAGAAACGAAUAACAAAUGACGUAUUGACGGAUUCCGAGCAUGAAGAUGAAGGGAAAAAAGACGCUGAGGCGCAUCAAGAGAAGGAGGGUAAAGAUGAAGAAAAAUUAUUAGAUGCAACUGUCAAUGAGCAGCAGGAUAAUGAAGAUUCUGACGAUGGAAUAAUUGCUGGUGGUGGAAUAGAUGAAAUGUCUGAUUUCGAUCGCAUGUUAGCACGGAAAAAAGAAGAACAAUCCCGUAGACGUAAACGAAAGGACAUCGGUAUCAUCAAUGAUAACGAUGAUAUUAUAGCACAGUUGUUAUCGGACAUGAAAGCCGCAGCUGAGGAAGAUAGAAAGUUGAAUCAACAAAAUAAACCUGCCACAAAUAAGAUUGCCAUGUUAUCGAAAGUAUUGUCGCAACUGAAGAAGCAUGAUUUACAGUUGGCUUUCUUAGAGCACAAUGUGCUGUCGGUCCUUACCGACUGGUUGGCACCGAUGCCUGAUCGUUCGUUGCCGUCUCUCAAAAUCAGAGACAAUCUUCUGAAAUUGUUAUGGGAGUUUCCCAGAAUUGACCAAUCUUCGCUGAAGCAAUCCGGUAUCGGGAAGGCUGUGAUGUAUCUUUAUAAGCAUCCGAAAGAGACGAAAGAGAACAAGGAACGCGCUGGAAAAUUGAUCAAUGAAUGGGCCCGACCUAUUUUUAAUUUAUCGGCGGACUUUAAGGCGCUCUCGAAAGAGGAGAGAAUGCAGAGGGACUUGGAGCAGACGCCUCAGAAGAGACGAAAGAUCGAGGAUGGCGGAUCCUGUCAAAAAUCGCAGGAUAUUAAUAAGGCUAUGAAAGGAGAUUCCAAACCGUUGAGACCAGGAGAUCCUGGAUGGGUGGGAAGAGCUAGAGUUCCAAGGCCUUCUAACAAGGAUUAUGUCAUACGGCCUGACUGGAAAUCGGACAUCGAUAUUAGUAGGAGCACCAAGAAGCAAAUGAGCCGAUUCGAGAGACACAUGAAGAACUACAUGGACAGCAAACGUAUGAAAUCGACGAGAAGAGCAGUAGAUAUAUCCAUAGAGGGUCGCAAGAUGUCUUUGUAAUACCCACAUGUUUCUUAUGCUUUAUACACGGGAAUAGUGUAAUUGGAAUAAAAACUGUGGCAAUGCUUCCUGAUGAUUGCGCGGAAGAAGCUGUACGACCUGACUGAUUUAAUUCUCGUGUAAAUUUCGGCAAAUUUUAAAAAUAGGUUGCACGAUCAAAACGUUCUUUGUUCUCUUUCCGACAGUUGUGUUACUCAUUUAUUUGUAGAUGCAAAAGAACAUGUAGUUUUACAAGUGUUGACAGCAAAAGAGCUAAGCAAUUCUACUAAAGAAUAUAAGAAAUCAUCAUAGUCUAAAACACUUUUUAAUCGGAUAUUCCAAUUAAUUUUGACAAAGAGAUUCAAGAAUAUUAGGUUUAGAUCAAGCAUUGAUAGUGUAUUAUCAAUUUAAUUAAUGUACUAUUUAUAGCCUGUAUAAUAGGAUCAAAUAAAAAACAAUCGUUUUAAAA